AUGAAUAUAAUCGAUGAAAUUCUUACCAUAGGAAAUGAUCUUUCUGGACCUUAAAUAUUUGCUAUAUGUCUGAAAUGGUAACUAAUAUGAUUAAAGUUAAGGUAUGAAUAGUUUCAGGAUGAUUUGUAUAAUUGCAAUCCAAAUUUUUCUAAGAUCGACAACUAUUCCCUUUGGUAUAUGUUUAUUUCAAUAACUGUAGCAUAUGCUAAGAAGAACAAGUGCAAUUAAAUAGUAUAUUGAACAAUGUUAAGAGAGAGUUCAACAUACAACAUAUAAAACCAAUAAUUAUACAAUAAAACUCAUUAGAGUAAAUUCUAAAAGUUGAUAAGCGUAAUUAAGCUCAUUACGUAAGUAAAGCUCUAUGGGAGUACCUAUAAGAGCAAGUGAAAGGAGGUAAACAAAAAGAAUAUGGUGAAAUUUAGGUCCAAGCAUUCCAUUAUACACAAUGAGUAAAUAGGAAUCAUAUUUGGCACGAACUAUGUUUGCAAACCUUAAAUUUAUGACGAAUAAUGACAUUGACGACUUGAACCCUAAUUUAGUAGUUCCAGUUGAUAUGACUUAGAUUGAGUUACUUAUUUAAAAAGAGGAUGAUUCUCUCAUUUAUUUAACCAAAGUUGUGCCUUUGGCAUUUACAAUUGAAUAAUUAAUAACUAAAAUAGUCACACCCCUUUUCGACAUUUCAAAUCUCAUGUGUUACAAUUACUAUUUAAAGAAAUUUCUAAGCAAUAACAAUUCAACAUUUAUCUGCGAAUUAUAAAAAAAAUCCCUUUGGUUUCUCAAGAGUUCAAUGACAAUAUCAACUGGAGGAAUAGCAUUUAAUGAGAAUUUGGAUGAAGCCUAGAUGAGAGAGGACUUCUAGAGUCUCAAAACAGGUUCUACUGAAUCUACCACAGAAUCUAGAAUAUCAUUUUCAAUAGACAAUAGUCAAUCAUAGAUUAGCCCUCUUCAUAAAUUCGACAAUGAAGGGAAUCAAAUUAAUCUAAGUAAUAUUCACACUAUAUUUAGUGCUUAGAGAUUUGAAUGAUUUCAAGAAUGAAAUUAGUACUGUACUUAAAUAAAAUAAAAAUUAACCAUUAGUCCUCUUAAAAUUUGAAUAGGCAAUAGAAAACAUCAAUUAAAUUAUACAAUCGAUAGAAUAAGAGAAUUGUUUCAAAAAAGAAUAAUAAGAAGAAGGAACUAAUGAUGAACUUAUCGAAUAAGAUAUUUGAUUUCAUAAUAAAUCA